AUGAGUGCCUCUAGAGCUGGUCAACCAUCGACUUCUCGCGGCCCAGGCGACGCCCGACUCUCCACCGUCUCCACAGCGCAUGCGGAUGGCAAGAAGAAAAGAAAACACCGCGGAGGCAAAAAGAGGAGGAACAGGCGUCAAUCCUUUGCUGCUCCUUCAGAGACCUCCGCAAUGCAAAGUGGGAGAGAUGUACCGACGGACGAUCCCUUGAUCGAAGAGGCCCAAGAGUCUCCCAGUGCACGUCCGUCUUUCUACCAGACCACUAGAGGCAACAUCAGCGAUGACAGUCUCGACAGCGAAGCACUCCUAGACCACCGAGACCAACCUACGUUACGUCCCCGGCGAGACAGUCGUUUGACUCCCUUGUUUGCUACAUCAUAUCGGAACGCCCCUUUCCCCAAAUUAGAUUCUGGCUCGCAAAAGAGACAGCGAACUCAGCCUGAUGCUUCGAGUUCCAAUGCAUCGGAUAAUGAGGACGUCAACGACCGCACACCCUUAGUUUCUGGUGGGGCAAAGCCCAAAACUCCCGUCGAGGCUGGCUAUGGACUUUUUAGAACAAAGUCUCAUACGUCUACACUGUCGUCGGCUUCGAAGCACCCGCAAAGAAAGAGGGCACUCGGGACUCCUGGACACUCGUUUCCGAAAUCUGAACAAAGCUACGACGUUAACAAUCCACCAUCCGUUCCUCCGAGCCCUAAUCUUGACCCUCACUAUGGCGAUGUCAUGGUCGACGACGGCAAUUUCCUUACACGUUCACCAGAUAGCCGAAGAAAUCUCAAUGUUUCAAAUAAAGACGCGUUGAUCAUGAUCGAUGCUGAUGAAGAUAAUGACCCAAAUUCGGCACCACCGAGCCCCAGACUUCGGCCCGGCGGACUUCAACGACAUCGGUCGUUGACUGCGCCAGCCGAGGUCGACGUGUGCUUCCCUACCGACGAAGUAUCAGAGGCUGGUGACGACUAUUUUCACAGAACGCAGCCACAGGAACACUAUAUCAGUGGCCAACGGCGGAAACGCCGAGAACGAGAGUGGCCAAAUCUGUGGGUUCUGGACGAGUGGAGUCGGGAAGAGAAAGAGGCCAGGGAGGCGGGUGAACGGCGGGCAAAGAAGGUCAGUGAGCCUGUCUUUGUCGAGGGCAGGCUCCGGCCUCGAAAGAACGCCUGGCAUCAUGUCGAGGAAGACAAGCAAUACAGAUACACUUAUUUCAACGAAGAAUUUGAAAGCACAAUUCACGCUGAGACGAUAUCGGAACUGGUGCAGCCUGGGGGGACGUUCCGCGAGCUCUUCAUCCCAGAUCCACCCGAAUUGAUCGAGUCAAGUUCCGAGGAAGAGGACUUGUUGGAGAUCAGUCACGUCACGGAGACUCCCAGUGCACUGCAAAGCCCCAAAAGCGCAACGGCAGUCGAGACGCAUUCCGGAAUGCCUAGUCUUCUUGCAGAGACGAACCAGUUGAAACCUGUGUCCAGUGGGAAGAGUUCCGAAAAGAGCAAGAACUCGGGCACCGCGACACCGCAGAAGAAGCCUGCUUCUACUCGGCCGCCCAAGCCGAAGAAAUAUGGUCCGCGGCCGACUUUCUGGCUCGAUGUUUUAUGUCCAACAGAUCAGGAAAUGCGUGUUCUGGCGAAAACAUUCGGGAUUCAUGCUCUCACAGCCGAAGAUAUCAUGAUGCAAGAAGCUCGUGAGAAGGUGGAGCUGUUUCGCAAUUACUAUUUCAUCAAUUAUCGGACGUUUGAGCAGGACACCAAUAGUGAGGACUAUAUGGAACCCAUCAACAUGUUUGUCUGCGUUUUUCGAUAUGGUAUCGUCACUUUCCACUUCUCCCAGAUACCUCACCCGGCAAAUGUCCGAAGACGCAUCCGCCAACUUUCGGAUUAUCUCAUUCUCAGUGCGGAUUGGAUCUCGUAUGCCAUCAUUGACGACAUCACCGAUGUGUACGGUCCGCUCAUUACUCACAUCGAAGAAGAAGUCGACACGAUUGACGACUUGAUACUGCGAGCGUUCCAACACACUGACGUCCUUGCGGGCGAGCAUGGCGAGAAGAAAGGCGACGACAAGAAGUCAGAUGCCGGUGAGGCAGGAAGCAGUGGAAUCGACAUGCUCCUCCGUAUAGGUGAAUGUCGCAAAAAGGUCAUGUCACUAUACCGACUGCUGGGCAAUAAGGCCGAUGUCAUCAAAGGUUUCGCAAAACGGUGCAACGAGCAGUGGGAAGUUGCGCCCAAAUCGGAAAUUGGUCUGUACCUGGGUGAUAUUCAGGACCACAUCCUGACCAUGACCGGAAACUUGUCGCAUUACGAGAUGGUGCUGUCCAGGGCGCACGGGAACUACUUGGCCCAGGUCAGCAUCCACAUGAAUGAGAGGCAGGAGAAGACUGCCGACGUCUUGGGCAAGUUGACCGUGCUCGGAACCAUAGUGCUCCCGAUGAACAUCGUGACCGGCAUGUUUGGCGGCAAUUUCAAAGUCCCCGGCCAAGAUGUGGACAACCUGAACUGGUUUUGGGCCACCACGGCCGGCCUGGUCAUAUUUGGGGUCAUAUGCUUUUGGUGGUGCAAGAAGGUGUAUAAGAUUGUGUGA